GGCCUAUGACGCAUGCCGUUAUUAUGGUGCUUUAAUUGUUGCUGCUCUCCAAGGUUAUUCAAAAGCUGAUCUACUUGACAAUGAAUUUUAUUCAAAACAUAAAAAAUGGUUUGGCGACAAAGAACUUCAUCCUGAUAUAAAGUCGAUUGCUGACGGAUCAUAUAAACGUCCCAAAGGUUAUGAUGAUGGUAUUCGAGGAAAGGGUUAUAUUGUCGCUGCUCUUGAAGCUGCAUUGUGGGCAUUUUGGUCUGAUGAUGACUCGUUCGAAAAGGGUGCUCUAGCUGCUGUUAAUCUUGGAGAUGAUACUGAUACAACAGCAGCUAUUUAUGGACAAUUAGCGGGAGCCUGUUACGGGUAUGAGAACUUGCCUGAAGAUUGGGUCAAAGAUGUUUAUGCUAAAACGUUCAUGAAAAAACUAAGACUCGCUGUGGGUGAUGCAUUAGGAGCAAGUGUAGAAUUUCGCCCUCAUGAAUAUUUCAUUCAUCAUCCUGUCCAAGACAUGGAAGGUGGAGGUACAUGGGGUCUCAAAGCAGGUCAAUGGACCGAUGAUACUUCCAUGGCAUUAUGUCUUGCUUCAUCACUGAUUACUAAAAGAGGAUAUGAUCCUUAUGAUCAAAUGGUUCGUUAUAAAUGGUGGUAUAAACAUGGAUAUUUAUCAUCUACAGGACAAUGUUUCGAUAUUGGUAAUGCAACUCGUGAUUCUCUCGAAGAAUUUAUACGUCGUCAAUUAAAACUUAUAAAAUUAGGCCUUUGUAAAGCAAAUGAAAUUGAUAAUUUAUCUUGGGAUAUGAUUCAGUCUGUGACUAAAUUCGACAUCAAUUGUAGUUCACCGGGUGUAGCAGGAAAUGGAGCUCUUAUGCGUCUCGCACCUGUGCCACUCUUUUUCUAUAGACAUCCAGAAGAAGCCGUUGAAUAUUCAGGUCACAGCGGACGAAUUACUCAUGGAGAUCAGAAGGCCUAUGACGCAUGCCGUUAUUAUG